CUUCAACUACGAAUGUUCAAAGACAUGAUGUGUACAGUUUUGGAUAUUAUAUUAAAUGUUCUUAUGACAAUGAACUUUCAAAAUAUGUUACAUACAGUGGUGAAGACUGUGCUCAGGUCUUUAUGAAGAGUUUGCACGAUGACCUUCAGGUUAUAAGUAGAAAAAACAGUUUUCAGAAAUGCCCCAUUUCCUUAUCUGAAGAAGACAAAAAAACUAUUUGUCAAGCCACUGUAUGUUACAUAUGUGAAAAAGAUUUAAACUCAGAGCAGUAUAUUGAUUAUGACUGGUACACUGGUGUCUUUUGUGGUGUUACACAUGAAGUGUGCUCUCAAAAGUUCCAUAAAGUUCCAUUUGUACCGGUAAUAUUGCAUAACUUAAGUAACUAUGAUGCGCAUUUCAUUGUGCACGCUUUGAAUUUCGCUGAAGGUGAAGUUUACAUAAUACCACAAAAUAAAGAAAAGUAUAUUUCGUUCUCUAAAAUGUUAAACAUAAAUGGAAAACGAGUAAGUUUGAGGUUCAUUGAUUCAUGUAAGUUUUUAUCUAGUAGUUUAGAAUCCUUAGCCUCGCAUCUGAAUGAUGAUCAGUUCAAUGAACUCAGAAAAGAAUAUCCAAGAAAUGAGGAUUUUAACCUGUUAAAAAGGAAGGGGGUGUAUCCCUAUGAGUUCAUGACUUCAUUUGAUUCAUUAAAAACUCCAUCAUUGCCAUCAAUAGACCAUUUCUAUAGUUCACUUACUGGAAACACCAUAACGUCUGAAGAUUAUACUCAUGCUCAAAACGUUUGGGAUCAUUUCAAUUGUCGUAACAUGGGAGACUAUUCCGAUCUCUAUUUAAAAACUGAUGUAUUACUUUUAAGUGAUGUAUUUGAAAACUUUCGAAAUGUUUGUAUUAAAACUUAUGAUUUGGAUCCAGCCCAUUAUUACACUGCUCCUGGUUUAAGCUGGGAUGCUAUGUUAAAAUGCACUGGAGUAGAACUUGAGUUGUUAACUGAAUUUGAUAAAAUAGCAUUCAUAAAAUCGGGUAUACGAGGCGGUGUUUCACAAUGUUGUAACAGGUAUGCAAAAGCAAAUAAUCCUUACAUGAAAGAUUAUAAAAUUGAGGAGCCUAUUUCAUACCUAGCUUAUUACGAUGCGAACAACCUAUAUGGAUGGGCCAUGUCUCAGUAUUUACCUAUAUCUGAUUUUGAGUGGGAACAGACUGACAUCAAUUAUAACGUAUCAAUAACCUCAGAUAUUGGAUAUAUUUUAGAAGUGGAUCUGCAAUACCCUGACAACCUACACGAUUUUCAUUCAGACUUUCCUCUAUGCCCUGAAAAUGUUGUUAUUGGAGGAAGUAAAGAAAGAAAAUUAGUACCAAAUUUGAAUGAUAAGAAAAAUUAUGUAAUACAUUACAGAAAUCUUUUACAAUGUUUAGAUAUGGGUUUGAAAGUAACAAAAGUGCACAGAGUAUUGAAAUUCAAGCAAAGUCCGUGGUUAAAAAAAUACAUCGAACUAAAUACUCAAUUACGUACAUUAGCAACCUCAGACUUUGAAAAAGAUUUCUACAAAUUAAUGAAUAACUCUAUAUUUGGGAAAACCAUGGAAAACAUUGAAAAAAGAGUCAAUGUUAAGUUACUUACACACUGGGAGAACCGUGGCAAGACUCAAGGUGCUGAAUCGUUAAUAGCUCGCCCUGAGUUUCAUAGUCUUUCCAUAUUUUCUGAAAGUUUAGUAGCAGUACAGUUACAUAAAACAAAACUUUUCUAUAAUAAACCAAUAUAUUUAGGUUUUAGUAUAUUAGAUAUAUCGAAGACAUUAAUGUAUGAUUUUCAUUAUAAGUAUAUGAAACGGAAAUUUAGUAAUAUUAAGUUAUUAUACACUGAUACAGAUAGUUUAGUUUAUCAAAUAAAUUGCAUGGAUUUCUACAAAGAAAUCAAGGAAGAUCUUAACGAGUAUUUUGAUACUUCUGACUAUCCUAAAAAUAAUGUGUAUGGAUUUCCUUUAGUGAACAAGAAAAAGUUAGGAUAUUUCAAAGAUGAAAACAAUGGGAAGCUGUUUACUGAAUUUGUUGGAUUACGAUCCAAAAUGUAUGCCAUGCAAGUUGAAGAUAAAACUAUAACAAAAGCAAAAGGUGUAAAUAAAUAUGUGACUAAAAACCUUAAGUUUAAUAAUUAUAAGUCGUGUUUAUUUGAUGAAGAUAUACAACUAGCUGAAAUGUUUAGGUUUAGAUCCAUUAAGCAUGUAAUAUUUACUCAAAAAAUAAAUAAGAUUUGUUUGUCUUACAAUGAUACAAAGCGCUAUAUUAUACCAAACUCAACCAAUACUUUAGCAUGGGGUCACUAUAAGAUAAGGUAAAUUAGUUUAGUAGUUAUUAAGUGAUAAUUUGUAAAUAAUUGUGACAAAGCAUUGUUUAAAUUAGUUUAUGAUAAUAAGUACUUACGAUGUUAUUUUAUAUUUGUAAAAUGAGUAAUAUUAAGGUGAUUUUUUAUAUUUUGUCUUCAUAUCUUAGUGUAAGCUUGAAGAGAGUAAACGCGUUUAACUUAUUUUUAA